CUUCAAUAUAUAUAUAAAAUGGGCGCAGAUUCGUUAUUACCAGUAGUAGCAACAGGUGUAGGUGGAUUUAUUGGAAGUAUGUAUCUUGAUGCUCGAUUCUUACUUAGUAGAGAUUAUCAUCAACUUAAAUCUGGUGCUGCUGCUCAAAUUUAUCACAAGCUUUGGUCAUUCCAAGACAAACUUCAUUUUUAUUAUCGUUUCAAAGAAAGAGCAAAGGCCAAUCCUGAUCAAGUUUAUCUUUUAUUUGAAGGCAAACCUUAUACUUUUCGACAUAUUGAAAAAGCUUCCAACAAGUUGGCCCAUUGGUUACUUGCUCAAAAUGUUAAAUCCAAAGAUAUCGUUUGUAUGAUGCAUCAAAACCAUCCUACCUUCUUCAUCACUUUAUUCGCUAUUAGUAAGAUUGGUGCUAUUCCUUCCUUGGUUAACAAUAAUUUGGCCGAUGCUUCUUUAUUACAUUGUAUCAAGAUUGCCGAAACCAAACUUUUCUUAUUUGAUCCGGUAUACGAAAAACAAGUGGCUACCGUGAUCCAUCAAGCAACUGGAGUCCAAUUCUUUAGUUAUGGUGAAGCAACCGAACUGACUGAAACGUCUAUUGACCUAUGUCCUACUAUCACUCCUCAAGUUCUUCAUCCUUACUCUGACCAUGAUACCGAUGAAAAGUACCUGAAAAAUAUCUCUAAUUCUGAUGCCGCCUUUUUGAUCUAUACAAGUGGAACAACUGGUAUGCCAAAAGCUGCUGUUAGUCAACAUUCUCGUGUCAAUUUUGCUAUGGUGAUGUAUUCUGGAGUUACAGGCGUUACUAAGAAUGAUCGCGUUUAUUGUGUUUUGCCUAUUUAUCAUAGUUCUGGAUUGAUUGUAUCCUGUUUGACGACUUUACAAGCUGGUGGAACGGUUGUACUUGGUCGUAAAUUCUCUGCUCGUCGGUUCUGGAAUGAUUGUGUUGAUUAUAAGGUCACUGCCUUUACUUAUAUUGGUGAAUUCUGUCGUUAUUUACUCAGUCAACCUAGUCAUCCUCAAGAACGAAAUCAUAAUGUCAAAAUGGUCUAUGGCAACGGUAUGCGACCUGAUGUAUGGAAUCGAUUCCGUGAUCGUUUCAAUAUUCCACGUAUUUGUGAAUUUUAUGCUGCCACCGAGGCACCUACUAGUUUAUUCAAUGUGAACACAGGUCCUUUUGGUGCUGGAGCUGUUGGUCAUCGUGGUUAUCUUUUCCGAAGUAUUCGUCGUGAAUUGAAAUUAAUCAAGAUUGAUCCCGUCACUGAAGAACCUUUACGAAACCAAGAAGGCUACUGUGUCGAAUGUGCAUUUGGUGAACAAGGUGAAUUGAUUGUUCGCAUGGAUCCCAACAAUGCUCUUCAAUUUGAUGGUUAUUACAAGAACAAGGAAGCUACUGACAAAAAGAUUCUCAAGAAUGUAGUUGAAAAAGGGGAUGCCUAUUUCCGUAGUGGUGAUCUGUUGAAAUUGGAUGCCGAUGGAUUCUUUUACUUUGGUGAUCGUGUAGGUGAUACUUUCCGCUGGAAAUCUGAAAAUGUGGCGACAACUGAAGUAGCUCAGGCCGUAGGAUUAUAUCCUGGUAUUGCUGAAGCCAAUGUCUAUGGAGCUUUGGUCCCUCAUCAUGAUGGUCGUGUAGGUGUAUCUGCUGUCAAUAUCCAAAAAGGUCAAAAACUCGAUUUCAAGGACCUAUAUCAAUAUUUGUAUCGCAAGCUGCCCAAGUAUGCUAUCCCCGUCUUCAUCCGUAUUGUACCUGCCAUGGAACUCACUGGUACUUUCAAACAACAAAAGGUCCAAUAUAGAAACCAAGGUAUUGAUUUGACAAAAGUGCCUAAGGAUCAACCCAUAUACUGGCUUCGUGGUGAUACUUAUGUUCCUUUUACUAUGGAAGAUCAACAAUCCAUUAUUGAUGGAAAGGUCAAGUUAUAA